UCGUUGGGGGCGCUUGUCACGUGUGUAGCAGGAGCAAAGUCAACAUGGCGACUCCCAUGGAACGAAUUUUGUAUGAUGAAAGCCGACUGAAUUUUUUUAAUUAAAAACCAGAAAUCGCACACUGUAGCGCUGGUAAAAUUCAAAGUUGCCUGCGUAAUGGAAGCAUUACUGAAGCGAGAACUGGGACUGAGCUUUGUCAAGGCAACCGGUCAAGGAGGAGGAGGCUGCAUCAAUGAGGGGUUAGGAUACAGCACAGACAAGGGCAAGAUCUACGCCAAGAUCAACAAGAAAAAAGAGGCCAAGGUAAUGUUUGAUGGCGAGCUUGCAUGCUUGGAAGCAAUCCUUGCCACAGACACAGUCCGGGCUCCCAAACCCAUGAAGGUGAUGGGCCACCCGACAACAGAGGGCGCCGUUCUUGCCAUGGAGUACCUGGACAUGAGAGGCUUGAAUACGCACGCUGCCAAGCUGGGUGAACAGCUAGCCAGGAUGCAUCAGUUCAACGAGGAACUAUUGAAGCAGAAAGCAGCCAAUGAGAGUCGGGUCGGAGGGGGUGAUGACGUGGAGUGCAUCACCAGGUUUGGCUUCCCUGUCACCACCUGCUGUGGCAUCAUCCCCCAGGACAACGAAUGGUGUGACGAUUGGGUGGCUUUCUAUUCAAGGAACCGCCUCAAGUUCCAAUUGGGCCUGAUAGAGCGUGAUUACGGAGACAGAGAGGCGAGGGAGUUAUGGCCGCAGCUAGAACGCAGGAUUCCAGGAUUGUUUGAAGGUCUUGAGAUCAAACCUGCCUUGCUUCAUGGGGACCUAUGGGGUGGCAAUGUAGCAGAGAUGACCUCAGAACCAGUCAUAUUCGAUCCAGCCAGUUUUUACGGACACUCUGAGUAUGAGCUAGGCAUAGCAGGGAUGUUUGGAGGUUUCAACAGAAGUUUCUACUCGGCAUAUCACAAACUCGUCCCAAAGGCAGCGGGAUUUGACAAGAGGCACGAACUCUACAAGCUGUUCCAUUAUCUGAAUCACUGGAAUCAUUUUGGAUCCGGCUACAGAGGCUCAUCGAUUUCAAUCAUGAAAUCGCUCAUUAGAUGAAAACUAUAAAGGACUGCUUCCAGAUGAACAACGCCCUAUUGUGUUCUAAUUACGGAGAGUUGGUUGAAUGCUGUGUAAAACCUAAUGAUGUAGCUUUGUCUGCAGCACGAUAUAAUUUCUAUUUUCGUACAGAGACAAGGUCAUUUUAGCCUAUGCAUGCAUGUUCAAAACCUAGUAUAAAGGGUGACAGCUCCUUAGGACACAAACGUAACAGCAAAAGAGUCAAGAAAAUGGAGGCAUCCUUCUGCCAUCUUGGUAAACCCGCCAUCUUAAUUGGGAGAGCAAAAAAGAAGAGCCUCCUCCUUCCUGGUAGAUCAAUUGUCGCAACCUAUUUGAGGUCUGGAAGGCGAGAGAGGCUGAGGAGGAGCAACCCGUUUCAAGAUGGAUGGCGAGAUGCGAAACCAUUAUUGCAAGCGAUCCUUGACACCUAUCUCAUCUUGACACUUGAGCAGAUAGUCUGAGUGAGCAUCUGCCGGAAAAACGUGGGGUUUACCAACAUAGUCAGGGCCUUGGAUGGGAUGAUGAUGCUAAAAGUAGUGGAAGAUGUUCCCGAUACAAGAAAUGCCCCUGCAGUUCUCAAUCAACGUGUUCAGUAUGCUGAGUGGUUCCUAUAGAACUGUUUUCUGGCACACCCAAUCUUCAUUGACGAAACGGGAUA